AACUGCGCAAGCUGGCUCUCCCUCCUGUGAUGUUCCUCGGGGUGGUCUGCACAGCCCUUACUACACUCAGAGCGUUGGGUUUGUCUCAUGAGAUGGAAGUACGAUUGCCAAGAACAGCCAGGAACGGAUCUGGGACUUUUGCAUUAUGGGAUUGAACGGAACCAGGGGGAAAAUGGUGGGAGCUGGAAUGAAGACAACACCUUCCUUUUUAAUGUGGAACUGAGAAGCACCCCUCUAUAAAGCAAAGGAGGAACGCUCGCUGCCACCAGCUUACAUACGCUUCAGAACUGUGGCGAAGAUUCUGCGUCCCCUCCAUUUUGAAAAGAGCUCUCCGGAUCGGACGGUGCCAUGUAUACAUUCCUGCCUGAGAAUUUCACUCCUGUGAAGCCAAAACCAGCCAAGGAGCUAAAGCCAAUGAUAGUCGCCAUUGUGUUGGGGUUGAUUCUGUUCAUUGCGGCUGUGAUCGCUUGGUGCUAUUAUGUGGCUUCGCUUCAGAAGGCCGAGAGGCUGAAGACGGAGAUGAUGGACCUCAAGUCAGAUGGGUUCAUCAUCAAAAACCAGAACGGGGAGGUGGUCUUCAAGGUGGCCUUCCAGUCGGGGGCGCUCAACCUGGAGUCGUGCUCUAAGGAAGGGGACAUUUUGACCUGCGCCAGGUCAGACAAAGGGAAGCUCAACUUUUUCAUACAAACCGUCAAGCCCAAGGACACCGUGAUGUGCUACCGCGUCCGCUGGGAGGAGUUUGUGGCAGACACUGUGGUGGAACACAAAAUGUUCUGGGGGGACGCCCACUGGUAUGGGGGUUGCGAGAUGAGUGUCCAACACUGGCCGAUCCAGCUGCCAGGUUACCAAGAACCUAUGCCGUUCGUGACUAAUGAUGUGUAUACUUUGAGGAACAGCUUUGGAGGAAUUAUGGAGAGGUACUGGGUCUCCUCCAAAGCAGCGGCCAUCAAGAUCAAUGACUCGGUGCCCUUUCACCUGGGGUUCAAUGCUUCUGAAAGGUCUCUCCUCUUCCAGGCCAGGUAUACAGACUCCCCCUAUAAGCCCCCCCUGGGACAGCAACCUUUCCCAGAGCUGAGUUACCGUGUCAAGCGAGAGGCUUUUUAA